AUGUCCCCUAGAUUAACAUGUCUUCCAAGACGACCGUUCAUAUGUCUGCGGAGUCCCAUAUCAAAACGUUUCGAAACAACAGUAACGCGCCAACCAGAUGCUAUUUCAGAUUCACGAUGGCUGGGUACGAUUAAAGCUAGGAUUGGAAAAUGUAUAAUGUUUGGAAUGAGUCGAGAACAAGCACGAGAUGCAGGAAAAAUACUCGAGGUACUGGGGCGAGAUUGGAGAGAGUUGUUAGCUGGCAGACAUGGUUAUUUGGUGGAUAAAAAGAGAGCUGGUCUAAGUCGACAUAAGGUUGUCUGGGGGGAAAUGGACUGCAUGAAACAUAUUAAUAAUGUCAUGUAUAUACGAUAUGCAGAGAGUGCAAGAGUAAAUUGGGCUAAGAAUUAUGCUGUCCACAUCGAUCCCCAGAACCAAGAAAAAUGGAGACGAAUGUGUACGCCAGAGGGCUAUGGAAUGAUAAUGAAAAGCAUAAAGACGACAUAUCUUUUUCCGAUGACAUGGCCAGAUCACAUUUCCGUCUAUCACAAACUCACUCAUAAACCUAAAAGCAAAGACGAAACCUCUUUCAAAUUGGAUGUAUUGAUCGUAUCGGAAUUACAUCAGCGAGCAGCUGCAAGAUGCGAGGAAGAUAUUGUGACGUAUGAUUAUGUAAAAGGAAAGAAAGAGGGCUUACAAUCAUGGCUUUUGGAUGCUUUUGCGAAGACUUGGGACGAGCAAAAUGCAGCGAUGACUAAUGCACUGAAGAAGAUCAAGGAUAUAGAAGAGAAGGUUAGGAAGUUGGAGGUUGAUACCUGGGACAGGGCAGAUGCGGUAGAGGAUUUGGGAACACCGAACAAGGCUUGA